UCACACUGAAUGGAGACACGUGUAAACAGAACUGCAGUCAUAACAUUCCUAAGAUUUUUCAGAAUAAUAUCCAAAUUUAGUAAAAAUGAUCAGUUCUUAUUGCCUAGAUAUAUUAAAAACAAGAGAGCUGAUGUGAGACAUAAACUUUGUAUCAACACCUGGAUUAAGUAGAAACAUGUCUGUGUGCGUUUUUUUUUUCCUGGUAGGGGGCUGAUGUUAUUUCAGUCAGGCAGCAAAUGGGCGGGGUUAAUGGGACCACUAGGCAGAGUGAAAUGUUUUCAAAGGAGGCAAAGAGAGAGUCAGUUUGAAGAGUCAGCAUGGAUGGAGCUGUAACUUCUCUUUAAGGUGGACGUAUGUUUCAGGUUGAUUAAUUGUAAUUUGUGACAUCUGAUGAGUUUAAAAUAGUUUCAUCCUCGUUGCACAAUGAUUUUGUGACAGAAUACUGAAUACUUGCUAGUUUGAAGUGUCACAGGAGGAACCAUGGCAACGACAGCUCUGACAGGGUUCUCGAUGAUGAGCCUGCUCAGCCUCGGAUAUCUGACCUGGGACCUGAUGAGUCCUAACCAGGUGGAAAACGAACCCGAGCAAUCUUUUGUGGACAGGUCUCCUGUCCCACAGCCUCCUCACAUCAUUUUCAUCAUGACAGAUGAUCAGGGAUUCAACGACAUUGGAUACCACAGCUCUGACAUCAGGACACCGGCGCUGGACAAACUGGCUGCGGAUGGAGUGAAGCUGGAGAAUUAUUACAUCCAGCCCAUCUGCACCCCGUCCCGCAGUCAAUUCAUCACCGGCAGGUAUCAAAUACACACUGGCUUGCAGCACUCCAUCAUCCGGCCCCGCCAGCCCAACUGCCUGCCCUUUGACCAGGUCACCCUCCCCCAGAGACUGCAGGAGCUCGGCUACUCCACCCACAUGGUCGGCAAGUGGCACCUGGGCUUCUACAAGAAGGAGUGCCUGCCCACUCGCCGUGGCUUUGACACAUACUUUGGCUCAUUAACUGGCAGUGUGAACUACUACACCUACGACUCCUGUGAUGGCCCUGGGCUUUGUGGUUUCGACCUGCAUGAGGGGGAGUCUGUUGCCUGGGGUCAGAGGGGUAAAUACUCCACCCAUCUCUAUACGCAAAGAGUCCGCAAGAUCCUGGCAACCCAUGAGCCUCAGUCCCAGCCGCUCUUCAUCUUCCUCUCCUUCCAAGCUGUUCAUACACCUCUGCAAUCUCCACGGGAGUAUAUCUACCCGUAUCGCGGGCUUGAAAAUGUGGCGCGGAGGAAAUAUGCAGCUAUGGUCUCAGCUGUAGAUGAGGCAGUGCAUAACAUAACAUAUGCUCUCCGCAAGUAUGGUUACUACCAGAACAGUGUCAUCAUCUUCUCUACUGACAACGGUGGCCAGCCUUUGUCUGGUGGCAGUAACUGGCCGCUCAGAGGACGUAAAGGCACCUACUGGGAAGGUGGUGUCCGAGGUCUGGGCUUUGUCCACAGCCCUCUGAUAAGGAAGAAGAGGAAGGUGAGUAAAGCCCUGGUGCACAUCACUGACUGGUAUCCCACACUGGUGGGCUUAGCAGGUGGAAAUGAGUCCCUGACUGAGGGAGUGGAUGGGUAUGAUGUUUGGGAAGCCAUUAGUGAGGGGAAGGAGUCACCCAGGUUGGAGAUCCUCCACAAUAUCGACCCUCUGUAUAAUCAUGCACGCAGUGGCUCCCUGCAGAAAGGAUAUGGGAUUUGGAAUACAGCUGUACAGGCCUCCAUACGAGCUGGAGACUGGAAACUCCUAACAGGAGAUCCCGGCUAUGGAGACUGGACACCGCCACAGAUGCUUCCAGGUUUCCCCGCCGACUGGUGGAACCUGGAGCGCCACACUGAACCCAGAAAGUCUGUGUGGCUUUUCAACAUCACUGGAGACCCCUACGAACGCUUGGACCUUUCUGAGCAGAGACCAGAUGUUGUCAAAGAACUGCUGGCUAGAUUGGUGUACUACAAUCGCACUGCAGUGCCAGUAAGGUACCCAUCAGAGGACAUACGGGCUGACCCCCACCUGAAUGGAGGUGCCUGGGUGCCCUGGGUAGGAGAUGAAGAGGAGGACAGCUGGGACAGUGUCUACCGGAAAAAGAACAAGGACUGGAAGAAGAAGCUUAAACUGUCCAAAAGCAGGUCAUUUUUCAGAAGACUCAACACUAGGAUCAUGUCCAACCGGAUAUAAAAAGGACAUGACCUGAAAAGGUUCAGAGGAGACCCACCUGAGGGACAAGAUUAUAUAAAGGAACCCAGAUUCUGCAAGAUCUGGCUGCAGUUAGUAAGUUGUUUCUGCAGGUGCAUGUUCAGUGUCUCUAUAGGUGAUUCAUGUGGUUUGUAUCUGCUUUGAAAAAAUAAAAAAUG